UUGCAAGUCUCCCCCAUGAUUAGCAGGCAUGAGAAAUUGGCUCCGCAAUGGAUGACUUGUGAUGCUUGUGUAGAGGAAAAUAAAGGGUGCAAGUGUGAUCAAGACACCCAAGAUUUAAAGAGUGCUGUGGUAAACGAGGCAGAUGUUGAGCAUCAUACUGAUCAGGCUAAUAGUUCUUUUGCUCAUUCUGUCAUCAACAUGAUUGGCAUGCUCAUUGGGCUUGGGCAGCUAUCCACUCCUUAUGCUUUAGAAAAUGGAGGAUGGGUUUCUGCAUUCUUGCUAGUGGGACUAGGUGUAAUAUGCGCAUAUACAUCCCACCUGCUCGGAAAAUGCCUUGCUAAGAGUCCCAAGUCAAGGAGCUAUACAGAUAUUGGUCAACAUGCAUUUGGCUCCAAUGGAAGAGUUUUGGCUGCAACCUUCAUUUACUUGGAGAUUUUCAUGGCCCUAGUCUCCUACACCAUAUCACUUCAUGACAAUCUUAUAACAGUAUUUGCAGGGACACAACUUAGGUUACCAAUAUGGGCAAAAUUAUAUAAAUCUCAGCUACUAACCGCGAUGGGGGUGCUGGUGGCACUUCCUAGCCUGUGGCUGAGGGAUCUUUCUUCCAUAUCUUUCCUUUCAUCAGGCGGCAUUCUGAUGUCCAUCGUCAUCUUCACUUCCGUUGCAUGCACUGCCAUCUUUCAAGUUGUGAAAGCGAAUCACAGUAUACCCGCGCUCCACCUCCACAAGAUUCCUGCCAUAUCCGGCCUUUACAUCUUCAGUUAUGCGGGCCACAUCGUUUUCCCCGACUUGUAUAAAUCCAUGAAAGAUCCAUCCAAGUUUACAAUGGUAUCUAUUGUGAGCUUUGCAUCGGUAUCAGCACUAUACGCAUCACUAGCAUUCAUGGGUGCCAGACUAUUCGGCCCUGAAGUCAGCUCUCAAAUAACCCUAAGCAUGCCUCGACAUCAUAUCAUUACAAAGAUUGCCUUGUGGGCAACAGUGCUAACACCCAUGACCAAAUAUGCACUCGAAUUCGCACCAUUCGCCAUCCAGCUAGAACACAACCUUCCUAAUUCUAUUAGUUCCCGGACUAAGACAGUUAUAAGAGGCGCUGUGGGUUCAUUUCUGCUACUGGUAAUACUAGCUCUAGCACUUUCCGUUCCAUAUUUUGAGCAUGUCCUCAGCCUUACUGGUUCCCUUGUGAGCGUCAGCAUUUGCAUAGUUUUCCCCUGUGCCUUUUUUUGUGUAAUGUACAGCAACAUCUGUGGCAACUGGCAACUCGGGUCUAAGUGGUACAGAAUGCACGCUGACUCUCAUUUUGAAUACCCAUGUCUGUACUGUAUUAAAGACUCGUGA